AUGGCUAAAACUGCGAAGUUUAGCUUGAAACUUCUCAUCGACGAGGAGAAAAACAAAGUUGUUUUCGCUGAGGCCUGCCAAGAUUUUGUUGAUACACUCUUCAGCCUCUUGACUCUCCCAAUGGGGACUAUUGCUAGAUUGCUGGAGAAGCAUCAAAAGUUGCCGCAAGCUCUAGGUUGUUACAAGAAUCUCAACGCAAGUGUUGCAAACUUGGGCAUUGAUAAUUUUCAAACUGAAGUUUGCAAGACUAUGUUGAUGUAUCCAAAGAGUAAGAAGGAGGUCCAUUGCAGAAAGCUUAAGCUGAACAUGGAUGAUACUGCUCAUUCCUCGAAAUUCUUUGUAUGCCCAAAAUUCUAUAAGCAUGAUUCGUGCAGCAGGUACUACAGCAAUUUCACUACCUCCAAGUGCAGCUGUGGAGGUUAUAUGACCAAGGAGGUUCGUGUUCCAGAAGAGUUGCAAGCAGGAUACCAGGUUGGAAAUGGUGUAGAUGGAGUUUUCGUCUGCUGCAGAUCAUCAUUCAUUGUCACUGAUGAUUUGAAAGUGACAUUGAACUCUAUUGGUGCUAUCGCUAAUGUGCUCAAAGAUCUAGGAUAUCAAGGUUUUCGUGACAUGCAAGAAAUGAUUAUCCAAGUUGGUUUCCAAGAGGUGGUGGCUCUACUAGGAUGUUUGUUUACUACAAAUGCUCCAUUAACAUAUUCUUUCCUCAGGAAAGAUAUUGUGACAUUGACAGAUGCAACUUUGUCUCCGUCGGUGCAAGAAAUUGGACAUGAACAAGUACAACCAGGCUUUCAAGUGAAAGUUUUUGUUAGAAAGUGUGACAGGAAGAUUCUUUAUGUUGAGAGCAGUGAAGAUUUCAUAGAUUCUCUUCUAACUUUCUUGGUUCUUCCUCUUGAGAUGGCAUGGUCAUUCUCUGACGACAAUACCAUCUUGGAAUGUGUCAGAAAUUUGCACAGAAGUGAAGCUAGACGAGCUUUAACUCCCGAUUUCUCCGAGCUUCCUGAUUACUACCCAUGCCGUAACAGACUGCUUGACAUUAAGACUUCCCCAUUACCGAAAUUUGAGUGUUGCAUUCCUAAAGAUUCUGACUAUUGCUCAGUUUUCAAUUUUACCCGGCCUAUUAAUUUGGAGUGGCAUAUGCUUCCACAAGAUACUGUGAUUGUGUCUUCAAAAGACAAGUAUGAUGACUUAAUGAGAUAUACUGAUGGGUUUUUGAGGAGAGGUACAAAGUUCAUCGUUUCUGAUGAUCUUUUAGUAACUACUAUGAACUCAUCAUCGACCAUCGAGCUGUUAAGGAAGAAUCAGGUUGACAUCAGUGACAUAGAGGAGCUGGCGAUUAGCAUUUCCAAAGCAGAGCUCAUCAGCAUUCUCAGAGCUUCCUUGAUCUCUUCCUCUGCAUUAACUAAAGGCCUCUCGAACUUCCUCACGAGGAAGCCCAAGGAAGAAACUUGA